CACCUAGUAAAUAUCAUCUUCUCAGACACAUCCAAUACUUCUCGCGCUUCUUUCCAUACUAGCUAUAUCAAUCCCCAUCUUCUCGCACUGCUCAAUUUAUCGUGAUGGCGACCGAUAUCGCUACCCGGGAUCUUCGGAAGCCCAUCACGGUUGCCGAAUACCUCUUCCGUCGUUUGCAUGAGGUUGGCGUUCGCUCUGUGCAUGGCGUUCCAGGUGACUACAACCUCGCAGCCUUGGACUAUCUGCCAAAGUGUGGCCUCCAUUGGGUGGGCAAUUGCAAUGAACUCAACGCCGGAUAUGCCGCCGACGGCUAUGCUCGGGUCAACGGAAUCGGUGCCCUGAUUACCACCUUCGGCGUGGGUGAGCUUUCAGCGCUCAAUGCCAUCGCUGGUUCGUACUCCGAGUUUGUGCCAAUUGUUCAUAUCGUGGGUCAGCCCAACACCAAGUCUCAGAAAGAUGGCAUGUUGCUGCACCACACCUUGGGAAAUGGCGACUUCAAUGUGUUUGCGAAGAUGAGUGCAGGCAUCUCCUGUACCCUCGGUCGCUUGAACGAGACACUGGAGGCUGCAACACUAAUCGACAAUGCCAUCCGUGAAUGCUGGAUCCGCAGUCGACCUGUCUACAUCAGUCUCCCCACCGACAUGAUUACCAAGCAGAUCGAAGGUGACCGCCUCGACAAACCGCUGGAUCUUUCUCUACCAACAAAUGACCCUGAGAAGGAAGAUUAUGUGGUGGACGUUGUCCUGAAGUACUUGCACGCUGCGAAGAAACCCGUUAUUUUGGUGGAUGCUUGUGCCAUCCGUCAUCGGGUCCUUGAUGAAGUUCAUGACUUGAUGGAGGCUUCCGGCCUGCCUACUUUCGUGGCUCCGAUGGGCAAGGGAGCAGUGGAUGAGACUCGUCCGAACUACGGCGGUGUGUAUGCUGGCACUGGAUCGAAUGCGGGUGUUCGUGAGCAGGUCGAGUCUUCCGAUCUUAUUCUGAGCAUCGGUGCUAUCAAGUCAGACUUCAACACCAGCGGAUUUUCGUACCACAUCGGACAGCUCAACACCAUUGAUUUCCACAGUACUUAUGUGCGCGUGCGAUACUCUGAAUACCCAGAGAUCAACAUGAAGGGAGUUUUGCGCAAAGUCAUCCAGAGGAUGGGUGCUGUCAACGCCGCGCCAGUCCCGCAUCUCUCCAACACGCUUCCUGAGAGCGAGAAAUCUUCGAGCAACCAGGAGAUCACGCACGACUGGCUUUGGCCCAAUGUUGGUCAGUGGCUGAAGGAGAAUGACAUUGUCAUUACCGAGACGGGUACUGCCAACUUUGGCAUUUGGGAAACCCGAUUCCCGGCAAAUGUCACGGCCAUUAGCCAGGUUCUGUGGGGUAGCAUUGGCUACUCGGUUGGGGCAUGUCAGGGUGCUGCGCUGGCGGCGAAGGAAUUGGGCAAUCGUCGGACUGUUCUGUUCGUUGGUGACGGAAGUCUUCAGCUCACCGUGCAGGAACUGAGCACCAUGAUCCGAAACAAUCUCAACCCCAUUAUCUUCGUCAUUUGCAAUAACGGAUACACCAUUGAGCGGUACAUCCACGGAUGGGACGAAAGCUACAAUGACAUCCAGCCGUGGGAUAUUGAGGGUCUGCCCCGGGCCUUUGGAGCCAAGGACAAGUACACGGGCUACAAAGUAAAGACGCGGGAUGAGCUGAGGCAGCUAUUUGCAAACCAGGAGUUUGCUUCUGCGCCACACUUGCAAUUGGUGGAGCUUCACAUGCCUCGUGAUGAUGCUCCCGCCGCGUUGAAAAUCACGGCUGAGGCGGCGGCCACCAGAAACAAGUAACGGAGGAUCUCCAGGGCCUUGAGGCAAUCUCGCUUCUUCCUGUUAACGCUUUUCUCCCCUUUCUUUUAGCUUGACCUGUCACUCCUGGAGAGGAACAGACAUGACUCUGAAGCGGUAGUGUAAUUGCAGAAUACGAAAUCUAAUGAAUUCCAGUCAAGUUGUAUGCGCA